GUGGUGAUGCGAAGUCUGCUGGGCAGUCCCAGGGGGAUGGCAGCCACCCAGGGGCUGGGGACACUCGGAGGCAUCAGAGGGGCCGUGCAGAACACCGAAGACACACCAUCACCAACGGUGUGGACUUCAGCAUGCUGAAGUACAUGAAGGAGCUGGAACAGGAGAAGGAUUUCCUGCUGCAGGGCCUGGAGCUGAUAGACCGGGCUCGGGAGUGGUACCACCAGCACAUCCAGCUCAUGCAGGAGCACCAGCAGCUCCUGGGGAAGAAGAGAACCAGUGCUGAUUUCCUUGAGGGCAGCCAGAGCCACCUGGGGCGCCUGGUCCCCAAGCUGCAGGAGGUGAAUCGCUGCCUGGGUGACCUUCUUUCUGCCGCAGGCAAGGAGGUGACUGACAAGAGCGAGCGCAUCACCCAACUGGAGCAGGAGAAAUCUGCCCUGAUCAAGCAGCUCUUUGAGGCUCGUGCCCACAACAACCAUGAGACAAGCCAGCUGGAUUCCACUUUCAUCUAG